AGAAGAAAUUCCACGGAUAGCAGUUCACAGCAUAGAAACGUAUGAAGCUUGCACGCAUGAAGUUGCUGUUCCAGUUGGCCAGUCUUACAUUCCACUUCAAGCCCCAAAGGACAAACCAGCAAAGUCCUACCCAUUUAUGCUAGAUCCUUUUCAAAAAGAAGCCAUUCUUUGCAUAGACAAUGAGCAGAGUGUUUUAGUGUCUGCUCAUACAUCAGCUGGUAAGACAGUGGUUGCAGAAUACUCCAUAGCAAAGUGCUUGCAGAAUAAACAGCGAGUCAUUUACACAACACCCAUUAAAGCUUUAAGUAAUCAAAAGUAUCGUGACUUUAGUGAUGAAUUUGAAGAUGUGGGUUUGUUGACUGGUGAUGUCACGAUCAAUCCAAAUGCCUCCUGUCUUAUUAUGACAACUGAAAUUCUAAGGAGCAUGCUCUACAGAGGCUCUGAAGUUACCAGAGAAGUUGGUUGGGUUGUCUUUGAUGAAAUUCAUUAUAUGAGAGACAAGGAGCGUGGUUAUGUUUGGGAAGAAACCAUUAUUCUUUUACCAGCAACUGUUCAUUUUGUGUUUCUUUCUGCUACUAUACCAAAUGCCAGUCAGUUUGCCCAGUGGAUAUGUUAUCUCCACCACCAACCUUGCCAUGUUGUAUACACUGACUAUCGGCCCACACCACUCCAACAUUACAUAUUUCCUGCUGGUGGUGAAGGUAUAUACCUAGUUGUAGAUGAGCACUCCAAGUUCCGAGAAGACAAUUUCAACGCUGCCAUGACCAUUAUUCAAAAUGGUCCAGAACAGGCAGCUCCAAAAGGAAGGAAAGUUGGAGCUCAGCAAGCUGGUGACUGUUUUAAAAUAGUAAAAAUGAUUAUGGAGAGGAAUUUUGCGCCUGUCAUUAUCUUCAGUUUUUCCAAAAAGGAGUGUGAAGCAUAUGCCCUACAGAUGUCCAAAUUAGACUUUAAUCAACCAGAGGAAAAGACACUUGUUGAUGAAGUUUUUGAAAAUGCCAUUUCCAUUUUAUCAGAUGAGGACAGGCAGCUGCCUCAAGUUAUUUCUGUGUUACCAUUAUUAAGAAGAGGAAUUGGUAUCCAUCAUGGAGGACUUUUACCCAUCAUAAAAGAAGCCAUUGAGAUUCUGUUUGGUGAAGGAUUGAUUAAAGCUUUGUUUGCAACUGAAACUUUUGCCAUGGGUUUGAACAUGCCUGCUAGAACUGUCCUCUUCACAUCUGUACAGAAGUUUGAUGGCACAGAUUUCAGAUGGGUCACUUCAGGAGAAUAUAUUCAGAUGUCUGGUCGAGCUGGCCGACGAGGAAAGGAUGACAAGGGUAUUGUAAUCAUGAUGGUUGAUGAAAAGCUGAACACUUCAGUGGUGAAAAACCUUGUUCAUGGAAAAGCAGAUCCCAUUGAUUCAGCCUUCCAUCUUACCUACAACAUGGUUCUUAACCUGCUUCGAGUUGAACAGAUUAACCCUGAGUACAUCUUGGAAAGGUCCUUCUACCAGUUUCAGAAUUUCUCAGCUAUUCCUGAACUUUGUGAUCGUGUGGCAAAAUCAGAGAAAGACUUGGAGAAAAUGCAGAUACCAAGAGAAUCAGAAGUGGAGAGCUAUUACAAGAUUAAGCAAACCAUCCACAAUCUUAAAAUGGAGCGUCAUGCUUUCAUGACAAGGCCAAUAUAUAUUAUGCCUUUCCUGCAGCCAGGGAGACUUGUGUAUAUAAAAAAUAAUGAAGAUGACUUUGGCUGGGGAGUGGUGCUAACUUACAAGAAGAAAGAGGAUAAGAAAAAUCCAUUGGAAGCUCCUGUUGUAACUAUAGAUGCCAUUCUUCGAGUUUCAGAGGCGUCAGCAGCCAAGAAGGUUACAUCGGAACUGAAGCCUCCAAAGCCGGGAGAAAAGAGUGAGCCAGUGGUGAUGUCUGUUUUACUAAAACUAGUUCACGAUAUUUCUGCAGUAAGACUAAAGUUACCCGAGGACCUGAAGUCACUUGACCAGAGAGUGAUGGUUAUGAAAAUGGUUCAGGAGGCUCUAAGGCGUGUUCCUGAAGACCAGUUCCUUUUGGACCCAAUCAGGAAUAUGAAGAUUAAGGAUGAAGUGUUUGUUGAUAUUUGUGACAAACUAGAAAAGUUCAGCGCUCGAUUAGAAUCUCACAAACUGCACAAUGAUCCACAGUGUGAUGAGUUGUAUGCUGUGUAUGAAGAAAAGAUGGAGAUGAUGAAAGAGUACCAGAAUGCUGAAUAUGACCUAAAGAAAGCUAAAAGUGUUUUGAAAAUGGAUGAAUUAAAAUGUCGUAAAAGAGUUCUGCGUCGUCUAGGAUAUGCAACGGCUCAGGAUGUCAUCGAACGCAAAGGACGUGUCGCAUGCGAAUUGUCAGCUGCUGACGAACUCCUCAUUACUGAAAUGCUUUUUAAUGGUCUUUUUAACGACUUAUCACCUGCUCAGACAUGUGCUCUGUUAAGCACGUUUGUUUGUGAUGAGAAGGGCACAGAAAUGCCCAGGCUUGGUGAGGAAUUAUCAGGUCCACUUAGACAAAUGCAAGACAUGGCCCGACGCAUAGCUCGUGUUAGUCACGAGUGUAAACUAGAAAUCAAUGAAGACUUGUAUGUAGAGCAGUUUAGACCUUUCCUUAUGGAUGUUGUUUACGAAUGGUGUAACGGAGCAUCCUUCCUGGAACUUUGCAAAAAGACAGAUAUUUUUGAAGGUUCGAUUAUCCGAGCAAUGAGACGACUGGAGGAACUACUAAGACAAAUGGUGCAAGCAUCAAAAGCAAUUGGAAUAGAUCUUGAAAACAAGUUUUCUGAGGGCAUCAAGUUGUUGAAACGUGACAUUGUUUUUGCUGCCAGUUUAUACUUAUAAUUUUUGCUCUUUACACAAAUAGGAUUAGCAUAAGUCUCUGUGAUGUAAAAUAAUAGUUUGCAUUAUUUGUAUAAUAUCAUGACUUUUUUACAGAGAGAAUACGUACAUAUUCAUGUAUUUUUGGUAUGGUUUUCAUUAUUAUUCAUAGAUCCAGUGAAAGUUAAUUGUCAUGAAAAUUAACUUCUUGGGUCUGGAGAUGGAAGUAAAGGCUGAGGUAAUUUCUGGAAAUGCAAAAUGCUGAAGAAAACAUCAGCUGUACAACCAGACUUAGUUGUAUGUAUGUACGUCUAGAAUUUCAACUUUAUUUUAUUAAAGGAGCAAGACUUAAUUGGUGAAACCAACAUUAUGUUAUCGCAUUUCUCUUUUCCAUGGUUUAGGAUUGCAUGACUGUAAUGGAAAGUAUAUUUUAAAAUGCUUUGUCACCUCUGUACAAAUGAAAUGGACAGUGCCAUGGAUAACUGUAUUGCAAAAUCUAUUUGAGCCUUAAAAAGUUGAUACCAGGAAAACUAUAGAACAGUAACCAUAUUCAAACAAGAUUCCAUGUUAAAUUAUAACCUGUUGUAUAUACAUUUUAAGAUUUCAGUUAUUUUACACUUAAGACAAAACUUUUGAGUGAUUUUCUUUGGUAAAAAUAUAUUUACUACAAGUA